AUGAAACCGCUCGGCCCGACAUACCAGGACAGUCGCAAGAACAUUCAAAGUUUUAAACUUCCGUGGGCUAAUUUUCACCGACUCAAACUUAUCCCCUCGGAUGGAAGUUUUCACCAAGCUGUGGCUCCAGUUCUGUUCCUAGGACAAUGUAUCACUUUGAUUCCUGUGGUGGGAAUUUUCAAUGCCACUUCCAGGAACACCCACUUCAAGUUACGGAGCGUACGUUGCGUCUAUUCGAUACUCUACCUAACCAUUGGUGGAGUGUACUGCUUGUUAGAUGCCCGAAGAUGUAUUCUCAAGGGAUUGAACGUUACCUCCUUUGGUGAUCUCGUAUAUACAGUGGUAGUUUACACCGCUGCUGUGUUUUUUCUAUUCGUCGCACUACAAUGGCAAUCCAUCUUGAAAGAAUUCGAGAACUGCGAGAAGUUAUUGCUGAGUGAUGCUUAUGUGAAGGUUUCGAGACGGGCUAUGAGAUUCAAUAUUGCCUGGGGCAUCAGUUUUUUGGCUUUCGGAAUUCUGAUACUGGCAAUGGUGGAAGAUGGGUUGAACUUCUAUUCGUCCUACAAGGCGAACGGUGUUCAGAUGGAGUUCUGCAAUCGGACAAACAUAACCUUUUGGGAGAAUUUUUACAUCCGAGAGCACCCACACAUUUUUAAGGCAAUUCCCGUGAACUUGCCGAUGGUUCUUGUGGUGGAGUGGAUAAAUAGGUGCAUGAGAUAUACAUGGAGCUAUCUGGAUAUAUUUAUCAUAUCAUUUAGUUUUGCGGCACAGUAUCGUUACCAUCAAAUUUACUAUCGGAUGGCGAGUAUUGAAGGGGUACACUACCCGCCAACCUUCUGGAAAGAUAUCCGAGCCGAUUACACAGCUGUGUCCCGAUUGGUUGCGUUUCUGGACGACAAGUUCGGUCAUCUCAUACUGCUGGCUUGUGCCAAUGAUAUGUUCGUUAUUGCUACUCAACUUUUUAAUGGAUUUCAGAGACGUCCUGCUUUGGCCACUGUGAUUUACUUUUGGUACUCAUUGGCGCUAUCUAUUUUCCGCACGGUUUGCAUGUUGUAUGUCGGAUCAGAGGUCCAUGUAGCGUCCAUGAGUCCUCUGAGCAUUCUUCGCAACGUUCCGUCUAAGAGUUGGGGAAUCGAUCUGCAACGGUUAACCGAUGAUGUCGCAUCGGGGGAUAAUUCGUUGUCUGGGAAAAAGUUCUUCUAUCUCACUAGGCAGAUUAUACUGGCGAUGGCAGGAACUCUCGUGACAUACGAACUGGUGCUAAUGGACCAAGUGAAACAAGCGAACGACCGCACCAAAGACUGCUCGUUCGCCUAAUUAUCUCGCCAGCUG